AUGUUUGAGCUACCUGAGGCGAAGAGAGUUCGCCGGGAGGAUUUGAACAAGGAGGAUGGUUCAUCGUGGAGUGACAGCGGAGAUGACAUCAAUCCAGAUCUGCAGGCGCAACUGAACGCACAGAUUGCAAGGUCACUGGGCCUAAAUGUUCACGAGCCAGUUCAAACAGUUGGAAAAUCUGAUCCAAAGGACCAUACUUCAACGACGGAUUCUGCAAACCCAGCACAAGACAGCCACAGAGAGCAAGGAGACGAAAAUUCCGACGACGACCUGGGCGAGUUCGAAUUCCGCCUCUUCAGCGCACCAGAUGCCCCGUCCAAGGUUGUACUGGAAGAUGAGCAGGCACCCCUUGGAGAAGGCGCGUUGGAGAAUCAACGGCCAUUGUCAUAUUACUUGGUGCGGGAUGUGUCUGAGAGCAAGAAGCGGGAGUAUCUGGCUGCGGCGGUGAGCGGGGAAGACAUUGUCGAGAGAUCGAUGUGGCGGUCGUGGGGGAUGGAGAUGCCCUGGAAAGUGACUCGGAUACUUGUUGCUAAGAAAUCCAAACGUGACGAAGAUGAAAAGAUGCAGGGCGUGGUGGAGGGUGGGGAGGAUGUGAAGAAGAGGAAGAGACCGGGGAAGAAGACACGGAUUGCGGUGAGGAUGAAGGUCAAGGCUGGGAAGGAGAGGGCUGAGGUGGAUGCGAAGAAGGCGGUUGAUAAGGAGGAGCAUCUGAAGGAGAAGAAGAAGAGGAUGAAUCGGCUGAAGAAGUUGAGGAAGAGGGCGAAGAAGAAGGCUGGUAAGGAUGGGGAUGGGGAUGGGGAUGGUGAUGGUGAUGAGUCUGGAGGGGAGAGUGGUGGUGAGUAG